GCGCCUCAAAUGACAGUCUGAACCGCACAUUUUUUAUAGAUUGAAUAUUAAAUAGAAAUCUCUGCAACACUCUUACCUCAAACAACGAAACAAAAUAAAAAAAAACGAGCAAAAAACACCGCAAACAAAAACGACAAAUCGGAACCAAGCAUAAAUCCGAAGAAUCCAAAUAUAUUUUUUCAUAUUUUACAUAAAAACGGCCCCAAAAUUAAUUACUCAAAGUAUCAUAACGCUAUGUCGUUAUCGACAAUAGCGAAGGUUUGUUUAGUGUUGAUUUCCAUCCAUAUUCGUGAUUGGUUUGUUUUUGAUUAGAUGUUCAUCUGCCGAACAGUGUGUGGUAUUUAAUUCUGUAUGCCGUAUUUUUAUAUUGAGAAUGUGUUGAUUUAGUAUCCAGUUGGGCUGAAACAAAAAAAACCGGCUUUUACACGUUCCUAUCAUUAUAUUUUAUGCUAAGUUGCUUUUUAAUAAUUUGCCCAACUCUCGUUUUUUGAGCAAAAUGUCUAAAUCCGAUUUGGCUUCAACUACUUCUCCCUCGCAGCCCGUUCUCUAUUCGUACUGGAGGAGCUCAUGCUCAUGGCGUGUUCGUAUCGCGCUCAAUCUCAAGGAAAUACCAUACGAUAUAAAAGCGAUUAGCUUAAUCAAAUCAGGUGGCGAACAGCAUUGCAAUGAAUAUCGUGAGGUCAAUCCAAUGGAACAAGUUCCGGCCCUACAAAUCGAUGGUCACACACUUGUUGAGUCGGUAGCGAUAAUGCAUUAUCUAGAAGAAACACGACCACAGCGACCACUUUUACCGCAGGAUGUACACAAGCGAUGCAAAGUGCGGGAAAUCUGCGAAGUCAUUACAUCCGGCAUUCAACCGCUACAGAAUCUAAUCGUUUUAAUCCACGUAGGCGAAGAAAAGAAAAAGGAAUGGGCACAGCACUGGAUAACCCGUGGUUUUCGUGCCAUUGAAAAGUUGCUGUCCACUUCGGCUGGUAAAUUCUGUGUCGGUGAUGAAAUUUCAAUGGCCGAUUGCUGUUUAGUGCCACAAGUGUUCAAUGCGCGACGGUUCCACGUCGAUCUGCGCCCUUAUCCAAUCAUUCUACGUAUUGAUCGUGAGCUUGAAAGUCAUCCAGCCUUCCGUGCAGCACAUCCAUCGAAUCAACCAGAUUGUCCGCCCGAAGCAGCCAAAUAAUCAAUCGUCUAUUUUACCAAAAUAUUGAUUGAAUGAAAAACAAAGACGAACAAUCGAUCAUUUUAUCAUUCCAUUUGAAAUUAUUUGUCGAUUUGAGUUCAACUUUUAUUCCAAUCCGUUGAGAAUCAACACCAACAAUUCCAAGCCAAUUAUUUACUUAUUCACUUGAUAUAUAUAAUUUUUUUUCUUUUUUUCUUUUAUGUAGCUUCUUAUUUUUGAUUGUUUUCAUAUAUUUUUGGCCCGCUUCUAGCAAGCAGAAAGGGAAUAGAAGUGUGACAAUUGUUAUAUCACUAUAAGUGAAAGCCCCCAAACAUUGACACACUUUCCUUUCAACAAAAUCGAUUUUAUUCAUAUACAUACUUUUUUCUCCUUCUUUUCAAUUCUUUUUUUUUAUUUCUUCAAUAAAUUACGAUUUUAAUCAUAUAGUAAGAGUAA